UCGGUUGACUUAGGGGGAAUGAGGCGUCUUCCUUCCGUUCGCUCGCUCGCUUACUCUGCUUACCGGGACGGGGGAGGAGGGGAGUUCUUGAUUAAAGUGCGGCCGGCUGAGACGCUGCAGUUGGAGAGAAGAGCCUGGCCUCGCACCGCUGCUGAGGCUUUUUGUGUGUGUGAGAGAGAGAGAGUGAGAGUGCGCGCUCAAGGAAAGCAAGAGAGGAAAAGAGCUUCCUCGUGAAUAUAAGGGGCAUCAGUUUUUCCAGCAACAUUGGGUUGGAUCCAGACUUACAGCAGGAUCCUGAACAUGUCUACUCCAAAGCCUAAGAAGAAUCUUUUCAUUGGAUUAAAAAACAUCAGUUGCUGCUGUACAGCAGGAGCAACAAAGCAGCUGUUGUGCCUGAGAAUCUGCAAUUUUGUUUUAAAAAUUGCUUAACGACUUGUCAAAUGACGUCAAUGGCCAGCCUGUUCUCUUUUACUAGCCCAGCUGUCAAGCGUCUCUUGGGCUGGAAACAAGGUGAUGAAGAGGAAAAAUGGGCAGAAAAAGCAGUUGAUGCUUUGGUUAAAAAACUGAAAAAGAAGAAAGGAGCUAUGGAGGAACUGGAGAAAGCCCUGAGCAGUCCUGGACAACCCAGUAAAUGUGUUACUAUUCCUCGUUCGUUAGAUGGGCGACUUCAAGUUUCUCACCGCAAGGGCCUUCCCCAUGUUAUUUACUGUCGUGUGUGGCGAUGGCCUGAUCUGCAGAGUCAUCAUGAGCUUAAGCCAUUGGACAUGUGUGAAUUUCCUUUUGGAUCUAAGCAGAAAGAAGUUUGUAUCAAUCCGUAUCAUUACAAAAGGGUGGAGAGCCCAGUUCUACCUCCAGUCUUGGUGCCAAGGCAUAGUGAAUUCAACCCACAGCAUAGCCUUUUGGUUCAGUUCAGAAACCUAAGUCACAAUGAACCGCACAUGCCACACAAUGCUACUUUUCCAGACUCGUUCCAGCAGCCUAACAGCACUCCAUUUCCCAUUUCUCCAAGUAGUCCAUAUCCACCUUCUCCAGGCAGCAGUACAUAUCCAAGUUCUCCAGCUAGUUCUGGACCAUCUAGUCCAUUUCAGCUACCAGCAGAUACACCACCACCAGCAUAUAUGCCUCCUGAAGAUCAAAUGGGGCAAGAUAAUUCACAGUCUAUGGACACAAGCAAUAAUAUGAUCCCUCAGAUAAUGCCAAAUAUUUCCAGUAGAGAUGUUCACCCUGUGGCCUAUGAAGAACCCAAACAUUGGUGUUCAAUUGUGUAUUAUGAAUUAAACAAUCGAGUUGGGGAGGCUUUUCAUGCAUCUUCCACUAGUAUCUUAGUAGAUGGGUUUACGGAUCCUUCUAACAACAAAAACAGAUUCUGCUUAGGUUUGCUCUCCAACGUCAAUCGUAAUUCAACAAUUGAGAACACCCGGAGACACAUUGGAAAAGGUGUCCAUCUCUACUACAUUGGUGGGGAAGUCUAUGCCGAGUGCUUGAGUGACAGCAGUAUAUUUGUGCAAAGUAGGAAUUGCAAUUAUCAUCAUGGAUUUCACCCUACGACUGUGUGCAAGAUUCCUAGUGGCUGUAGCUUAAAAAUUUUUAACAAUCAGGAAUUCGCUCAGCUUUUAGCUCAGUCAGUCAAUCAUGGGUUUGAAGCAGUGUAUGAGCUCACCAAAAUGUGCACAAUUCGGAUGAGUUUUGUGAAGGGAUGGGGAGCAGAAUAUCACCGGCAAGAUGUUACAAGCACCCCAUGCUGGAUAGAAAUCCAUCUUCAUGGGCCUCUGCAGUGGCUGGAUAAAGUACUUACCCAAAUGGGCUCUCCUCUUAAUCCAAUCUCUUCUGUUUCAUAGUACCAAAGAAUUUCUUCAGUCAUAACUUUAGUGACCAUUUUCUAAUUUGACAGAUACUUCCACUGUGGAUACUGUAAGAACAUGCUGUUCAUUAAUGUUCUUCUACCAAUGACCAAUUUCAUUUUUUAAUCGCUUUUCCUUUGAUUUUUUAUCUUAAGGAAACAGCCAAGUUGGGAGGAAAACUGAAAAUUCAGGAUUUUAUAUCUCUUUGAUAUACACACUUAAUCAUCAUUGACUCCACAGAAAAUAUUUUAUCAUGUCUACUUGGAACACAUUUUUGAACUGACAUUGGGGGGGGGGAAAUACUUUUUUGCUAAAAUUGUUUAGUUGCAACUUACAACCAGUUUUUAAUGUUCUAUAAUUUUGUGGAUAAUGUCCAUAAACAAAACUAGCUUUAUUACACCUGAGUUUGCCUUUCGCUUGAAUAAAUAGUGUGACUUUAGUAUAUGCAUGCAGAAAACCACAUUGCAGAUACAGUAGUGGUACUGGAAUGCAUUACUGCAAGUUCUGUCAUGAACAAUAGUGAUUUUACCUGUACCCCAGUCCAACUUAAUACUGUCUUUACAGUACAGUCAUGUGCAUGUAUGUUUGAUUGAGCUCAGAAGUUUAGCUCAAUGGAACUUACUUCUAGAUGAGUGUGCCUUAGGCUGCAAUCCAGUACAGAGCUACCUGGGAGUAAGUCCCAUUGAACCCAAUGGAGCUUCUUUCUGAGUUGACAUGGAUUGCGGCCUUAACAAACGUGAUCUGAGGCACUCUCUUGCCUAGAUAAUUUUCAAUUUUCCCUUGACUUAUACUCCUUCUGUGGGUUAUACCUUGAGCAAGUAUAGCUUUCUAGGAAAUCCAUAUUUAUUAUAGUGCAAAACACUACAACUUUUUUAUAUUGCAUUGCAAGGUAUGUAUUCAGCUUUCCAUUUUGUUUUGCCUCUCCAUAGUUGGUAUCCUGGAGGGUUCUUAACUUCAUUGUUUUGUUUUCAAUAUUAAUUACAACCCCUUCAUACUUCUAUAGCAAGAAUAUUGGGAAUCUCACUUUGGUGAUACAAAAUGUUUGCUGUUCAGAUGACUGAGGCAAACCAGUCCUUUGAUAACAAAAAGAUGAUUGAUAUUGGGGUGUGGAGCCGACAUAAUGUGGGAAGUCAAGGAUCUUAAUCCCACUUGAGUUGUCAGUUUAUGGCCUGAUUCUGUACAGAGUUGUUACUAAGCCCGCUGGAGGGCUUUAACUGACAUAGAGAUGAAUGCCAGGAUCUCGGUGAAUAUGUAAGUUAUCCUGUAUUAAGAAGCCAUUGGUGACCAUUCAGGAAUAUUUCUGUUAUCUGUAUAAGGAAUACAGAUGUAUGCCUAUGUAACCAGCAGUUACCAGUACAAUUAGUCUGAUAAAGAUGAAGUUACUCUUAA